UAAAAUGGCUCUUUUGAUAGUAAAGGUUUCUGACCCCUGAUAUAAAGUAUACUUGGGAAAUAUAUACUUAUAUUACUUACAUAAAAUAAACUUGUAUACUGCUUUUUGGUAAGGGAUGUCAGGGCCUUUGAACAAACUACAUGUUGUCUUGUGAAAGCGCCGUUACUCGUGUUUAACAAUCAGGGUGUGUUUGGUUUUGUACCCUGUUAUCAGGAGCCACACUGCUCGAGAUAGACUACCAGAGGGUCAAGUAGAGUACUAGAUAUGGCCUCAGCCAACAUUUCCCGUACCGAGGAGCAAUUCUUGUGUCCAAUCUGUCGGGAAGUUUUCACCGAUCCCGUGUCCACUCCCUGCGGACACAACUACUGCAAGAGCUGCAUCACAGGCUACUGCGCCACUAGUGACUUCAGCCACUGUCCGCUGUGCAUGGAGACGUUCCCCAGAGCCACCGGGCUGCAAGUCAACACCGCCUUCAGAGACAUGGUGGAGCAUUUCAAGAGGACGAGGCCCGGGGAGGUGCCCUGUGACCUCUGCCAUGGGAUGAAGCGUAAGAAGGCUCUGAAAUCGUGCCUGGUUUGUUUGGUCUCUUACUGCGACGCUCACCUGGCGCCACAUCACACGGUCAACGCCUUAAAGAGGCACGAUCUGGUCGACCCCGUGGAGAACCUGGAGGACAGGGUGUGCAAGACACACAACAAGGUGAUGGAGUUCUUCUGCAGGAAAGACCAGAGCUGCGUUUGCUUCUUGUGCUUGAAGGACGACCACGUGAUGCACAAUACCGUCUCUUUAGAGGAAGAGGGUGAGGAGAGGAAGACUACGCUGAAAUGUACGAAAAGGCAAGUCGAGCACGACCUGAGCAAGAAGUGCCACCUGGCUCUGAGGAUUCAGAACUCAAUGGUGCAAGGUCGGCAGGAAGUCGAGGAGACGAAGGUGGAAACCGUCAAGGCCUUCACCGCUCUGGUGGCCUCGAUUAAGAAAAAGAAGGUGAAGCUGAUGCAGCUGUUGGAGGAGAAGCAGAAAGCGGCGGAGCAGAAGGCCGAAGCACUCGUCAGACAGCUGUGGCUGGAGGUCGCAGAGGACCGUCGCAUGAGUACCAAGCUGGAAGAGCUCUCAAAGACAGAGGACUACUUCAAACUCCUCCUCCCCUCCAUCCCCUCCCCUUCAAACACGAGCUUCACAGAGCCCAGACGUCUCCUGCAGGUGGAGACGGUGAGGAGCGCAGUGGCCAAGAUGGAGGAGACGCUCAACGAACAGAUGGAGAACAUUAUCAAAGAGGUGGAUGAAGAGGAGACUGUUGAGGAACCGGUGUUUGACGAUGAGCUCGGGAAAAUCCAGGAGAAGUAUGCCGUAAGUGUGACUCUGGAUCCCGACACAGCACACCCGUCCCUUAUCGUCUCCGAGGACAGGAAACAAGUGAGGGACGGAGGCACAAAGAGGAACGUCCUCGACAACCCCGCAAGGUUUUACUCUUUCCAUUACGUCCUCGGAGAUAAGGGGUUCUCCUCCGGCAGGUUCUACUACGAAGUAACGCUCACGGGGCAGACGGGAUGGGAAGUCGGAGUGGCGAGAGAGUCCAUCAGCAAGAAGAGUGAUCAUUUGUCCCUCAGCCCUGAAAACGGAUGCUGGACUUUGGGCUUGUAUUGGGGGCGUUGCCAGGCCAACACAAACCCUCCUGUCCCACUGUCCUUGUGUAAAGAGCUCCAGAAGGUCGGGGUGUUUGUGGAUUAUGAAGGAGGGCUGGUCUCUUUCUACGACGUGGAUACCAGGGCUCAGAUCUACGCCUUUACAGGAUGUGUCUUUACAGCGCCGGCACCGUUUCUGAGUAAUCUGUGGUCGCUCGCUGUUCGCACCGCAGCAAACACCAGGAUCUACCCGUUAAUCCGACCCAGCGCCGAGGAGGGCAGUGCUCCUCUACAGAUCACUCCUGUCACAUGCACUAAAGGAAAGCAGUGAUCUGAGUUUGUUAAAGUCAAGCUCACGUUCACACAAGUGUUAGCUGGGUGGUCCUCCUGUGAUCAGGCCAUUAAAUAGGCGUUAUCAGUCGCUAUAAGCACCAUAGAUGUGUAUCGUUCUAUCUUAUCUCAUCUUAUCUUGGGCUCGGGUUUCAUACACUUUCUUUAAUAUGUAAAAAGCAUCCUAUCAGAUAGGGCAGUGGUUCUCAAAUUAUGGUACACGUACCACUGGUGGUACGCGGAGGAAUCUCUGGCUGUCGAUUCCUCAGUAUUGAUGCUUUCCCACAAUUAAGCUGCACAAUGACGCAUACGCACGCUGUAUCAGUUUGUUUCGGGACCGGAGCAAAAAAAAGCGCUCAACAGCAUGUGCUACUACUAAACCUGAGGGGACGCACCCUAUUUUUCCCUGAUAAAAAGACACUGUGAACAACAAAUCUGUGUUUAAAUCAGCAGGAGGAGAGUUAGUAACGUUAGCUGUUAGCAGCCGUUAGCAGCACAGUCCUGACUGUACCGGAGAUACGAACGUUAACGGAGGUGCCAUUAAGUUAUUGUUAUGAGGUGUUCAAAGUUGGCUCAGGAAAAAGGACUAUUGGGCGAAGGUAAAUUACAACGUUAUCAUGAUGUGUUCAAAUGUAAUCUCGUAAAAUUUAGUUUUUGGUGAGAAACUUGAAUAAAUCCAGUUGUUUGACGGAGAUGUUUUCACAG